CAGUAUUCGCUUAGUUGAGAUUUGUUGGGCGCUGCUCGAGCACGGCCCCGUUCCCGAUUUGCCUAGCUGUUAUUGUUAUUAUUUGCAACAGUUCAUUAUUGUUUUAUUCCACCGGUGUGGUUGUAAUUAACUGCGUGCGGGCGUGUUAAACAUAAUAUUAUUAUAUUAUAUUAUAAGACAGUAAAUAAUAUAAAAUCAUAGUAAAAUAUCAUUAUUGUCGGUUUAUAUUUGARUACACCUGCAUUAUAUAUAUAGAUAAUAUUAUAUAUACUUACAAAGAUCGUCGUCGAACCAGAAUAGUUUGCUCACCCGGUGCGAGAAAACAAACAGCGUACACACCGCGAUGCAUUUCGUCAACGACGUAUCCAAGUUCAUCUACAGCAGUCUCAAAAACGAAUCGAGCAGGCUUAGGAGCUAUGCGGUGAAUUGCGCUCAUAAGUAUCCAACAAAAGUUCGRGUUGUUGAAGUAGGACCGAGAGACGGUCUACAGAACGAACCGAAAAACAUACCGACAGACGUUAAAGUGGAGUUCAUAAACAGACUGUCUGCGACAGGUCUUAAAAACGUUGAAGCUACUAGUUUCGUUUCGCCGAAAUGGGUGCCGCAGAUGGCCGACCACUCAGACGUGUACAGCAAGAUCAACAAAGUGGACGGUGUGUCGUAUCCGGUGCUGGUUCCGAACAUGCGAGGUCUACUCACAGCUAUGCAACACGACGUAAAAGAAAUCGCCGUUUUUGGGUCCGCUUCCGAAGGGUUUAGCCAAAAGAACAUUGGCUGCAGCAUUGCCGAGAGCCUGGAGAGGUUCGAAGACGUUGUGUCCACAGCUUUGGACCACGGCAUCAAAGUCCGCGGAUAUAUUUCCUGUGUGUGCGGAUGUCCGUACGACGGUGCCGUGUCGCCCCAAGAUGUCGCCAAGAUGUCUGACGCGUUUUUCAAAAUGGGCUGUUAUGAGAUUUCUCUCGGAGACACAAUCGGUAUCGGUACACCGGGCACAAUUAGGGCAAUGUUACAAGAAGUCAUGGAAAUGGUGCCGGCUGAAAAUUUGGCUCUUCAUUGUCAUGACACUUAUGGACAGGCAUUGUCUAACAUACUUACUGCUCUGGAGAUGGGAAUUUCAGUAUUCGACUCUUCAGUGGCCGGUCUUGGUGGCUGUCCGUAUGCCAGAGGUGCAUCUGGUAACGUGGCCACCGAAGAUCUGGUGUACAUGUUGCAAGGAAUGGGCAUCGAAACUGGCGUAGACAUGGACUUGUUAUUGGGUGCUGGCAGGUAUAUUUGCGAAGAGCUGGGAAAAAGUACGGAAUCUAAAGUGGCCAAAGCAUUGUCUGGAAAAGAAAAACCCAUGAAAUUCUUGCAAUCCUACAGGAAUCAACCAUCAUUCAAGAACUAACGAUCUUCACAACAAUUCCAUUCCACUCAUUAGCACUCAAAAUCUCUAUUGUUUGAUGUAAUUUAGUGAACUUUUAAUUAUUUAUAUAAGACUGAAUCUAUUAUUUUUGUCGUAAAUGUGACUUUGAACGUAAUUUUUUAUAUUU